AUGCCCGCCUUUGCCUUCCGCAGCAACCCCCACAAGCGCGGCGCCGCUGCCGUUCUUCUGCUGCUCGCCAUCGCCGUUGUAGCUACCUUGACGGUGUCUGCGCAGACCAUCGACGACUACCCUCCUGUUGCCUGUGACGGCACAGUGCCGAACUGCCUGGAAUGCCGGAAAGUGGGGAUGCUAAGCCUGUGCUCGAACUGCAAGGAAGGCUACUCGACCGCUGUCUCGCCCGCGAACCCCACCGAGUUCGGCAAGUGCAAGCCCUACGAUCUGAGCACAUGCCGCCUUCAAAACUGUUUGCGCUGCGCCGCCGAUGACAACACCAAGUGCGUGCAGUGCCCUGUCGGCUACCCGAACAUCAACACGUACCUCUGCGAUAGGACCACGGCGGCCCCGACAACCGUAGCCCCGUCCAUCACCACCACCACCACCACCACCACGGCGUCCCCGACGACUGCGGCCCCAGCCACCACCACCACGGCGGCCCCGACAACUGCAGCUCCGACAACCUCGGCCCCCUCCAGCGACUGCCAGGCCCCGUCGUGCGCCACCUGUGCACCGGGCAACCAGUACACUUGCGCCGUGUGCGAGUCCGGCAUGGUGCUGAUGGCGUCCGGCCAGUGCAUGGCCGCUGGCUCCUGCAGCGUGACCAACUGCGCGCAGUGCUACCCGAACGACAACAACCGCUGCUCCUCGUGCGAGUCCGGCUAUGCCCUCACCGUCUCGUACACCUGCAUCCCGCGCAAGUCAGGCAACGCAGCGGCUUCGCCGACGCCGCUGUUGGCGGCGCUGGCCAUAGUGGCGGUUGCAGCGACUGUGGCGUGUGUCAUGUAG